UACGAGCAGUCAGUCGGCCGCGCAGCUUGGUGCGCGACGUUCGUGCGCGGAGGGUUUUUGUUAAUCUCUCUCCUGUGUAUACCCCGGUCGACUGCUGUUCGAGAGGGACGGAAACAUUCGAGGGAACGAUCCGUCAAGAGAGAGAUGGCGCUAUGGCAGUGUCGCAACCUCGCCCACCUGACCGUGUUGACGCCGCGCUCGAAAAAGUUGCGCCGCUGCGCUAUUUGGAGGCGCACGAAUGUGCUCGCACCGAGCUUAUCUCACCGCGGUUUUAUCACAAAUACUUGUCACAAAACUGUUUUAAGAGUAGUUUGAGGUGAUAACCAUUCUGCAUUGAAGAUUCAAGUCACAACGUUAUCUCAAGAGGGUAUAGCGGUGUUCGGGUAAUGGGUGGUUGAUCCGACCCAAUGAUGAAACGUACGGGGCCCCGUCUCGGGCCCGAUGAGGCUACUUCCAUGCCGCAGCCGCCUGCACAGAUCCAGCAGCCGGGCGCUAGCAACAUGCAUACUUUAGCACAAUCAGCUCAACCGCAGAUUCUAGGAGCAACAGCGAUGCUGUCGGUGGGCGGCGGGUUCAACCGCGGGCCGAGCCGCGCGCCCGCGCCCGCCGUCAUCAACUACCUCAAGCCGGGCGCCGUGCAGUACGCCGCGCCCAAGCAGCCGCCGCAGGUGCAGCCCAGACUCAAGGCAGGUGAAACACACGAGUCUGACGUAGGUCAUUAUCCGCAGCUGGUGUCCGGUCAGCCGCUGCCGCUGGGCCGUCAGUCGCCGGGGCUCGCGGGCGGAGCCCUGCCCGGCGGGGGGCUCGGCCCCGGCGGCGGCGCGCAGUUCCAGCGUCUGAAGGUGGAGGACGCGCUGUCGUACCUGGACCAGGUCAAGUUCAAGUUCAACGCGCAGCCCCAGGUCUACAACGACUUCCUCGACAUCAUGAAGGAGUUCAAGAGCCAGACCAUCGACACGCCGGGGGUGAUCACUCGCGUGUCCAACCUGUUCAAGGGCCAUCCCGGCCUCAUCGUCGGUUUCAACACGUUCCUGCCCCCGGGGUACAAGAUAGAGGUCCAGAGCAACGGACAGGUUUCUGUGUCCAUGCCAUCGCCGACUGGCGCAGGCGGCGUGGGCGUGGGCGGUGGUGUCGGUGGAGUGGGCGUGGGCGGCAACGUGGGCAGCGGCAGCGGCGUGCUGCUGGGCGUGCACCAUGGUCCGCCGCCGCAACCACAGCUAGUCCAUCUGCUGCCGGUGCCACAGUCCGUGAGCUCGGCAAUAGUGCACAACCUGUCGGUGAACCAGACGCCGGCCAACACGCUGCAUCACAUAUCGCAGGCGCACCAGCAGAUCGAGGCUAACGUGCACCAUCCGCCUGGUAGCGGCCACGGAGCUGGUCAGCCCGUUGAGUUCAACCAUGCCAUCGAGUAUGUCAACAAGAUCAAGAGUCGGUUCUCCCGCCAACCGGACAAGUACAAGAGAUUCCUGGAGAUUCUGCACGCGUAUCAGCGCGGACAUCGCGAUGUCAAGGAGCCGCAGGCCAAACAGCAGACCGAGCAGGAGGUGUAUUCACAGGUGGCGAAGUUAUUCGAGAAUCAAGAUGACUUGUUAGCGGAGUUCGGUCAGUUCUUGCCGGACGCCAAAGCCGUCACCAAGCCCGCGCAUCCGCUGCCGCAUGCCAGGUCUCCGCCGCCACAGCGUCCAGAAGUGGAGAGUGAGCGUUUCGGUGCCGCGUCUCCUCCUACGCACGUGCAUCCCAUACAUCAUGCACAGUACGAGCCAAUAGCUGAUCAUCCGCAGAUCACGAAGCAUACUCCGUCGGCCGCGCCACCGCCGCACCACCAUCUCAAACGCUCGCCCAGCUUCACUUCCUCGAGCCAGCUAGGUACCGGUGGCCCGCCCGCCAAGAAGCCGCGCAGCACGGCGCCCGCAGUGAGCGCGAACAGCGUCGCGCACGCGCCGCACGUGCCGCACGCGCCGCACUCGCACGCCGCGCGCGACGUGUCCUACGCCGAGGCGGCCAAGCUCGCCACUGCGCACGAUUACAACUUCUUUGACCGCGUACGCAAGGCUCUGCGCUCGCAACAGGUCUACGAUAACUUCUUGAGAUGCAUCCUGCUGUUCACGAAGGAGAUAAUCUCGUCGUCGGAGCUGCUAAGCGUGACGGCGCCGUUCCUCGGCCGCCACCCGGAGCUGCAGAAGUGGCUGCAAGACUUCGUGGGGCCCGUGUCCCCGCCGCACACCCCCACCACCACUACACAUGCCGCACCGUUCGGCAACUCUCACGGCGCGCUGCUGGGGUACUCGAGCUCGCGUCUCGGCGGCGACAAGCGCUACGAGCCGCUCGGCCCGCUCGGCGCGCAGCUGCGACACGAGCGACCGCAGGGCGACGCCGCCAUGGAUAUAGACUAUACAACUUGCAAACGUCUCGGUACAUCGUACUGCGCGCUGCCGCGUGAGGCUGCGGCGAGACGUUGCUCUGGCAGGACACCGCUGUGCAAAGAGGUCUUGAAUGACACAUGGGUUUCAUUCCCGACAUGGAGUGAGGAGUCUACAUUUGUGACGUCGAGGAAGACUCAGUAUGAAGAAUACAUCUAUCGCUGCGAGGAUGAAAGAUUUGAGUUGGACGUCGUGAUCGAGACCAACGCGUCCACCAUCCGCGUCCUGGAGGGCGUGGCCAAGAAGCUGUCGCGAAUGACGGCGGAAGACGCGGCCAAGUUCCGCCUCGACGACUGUCUGGGCGGCGCCUCGCCUACCAUACACCAGCGCGCGCUGCGCCGCAUCUACGGAGACAAGGUGGCGGUGGACAUCAUAGCCGGCCUGAAGAAGAACCCCGUCGUGGCUGUUCCGGUUGUGCUGAGACGACUCAAAGCGAAGGAAGAGGAGUGGAGAGAGGCACAAAAGGGUUUCAACAAGCAGUGGCGCGAGCAGAACGAGAAAUACUACCUGAAGUCCCUCGACCACCAGGGCAUCAACUUUAAGCAGAACGAUCUGAAGGCGCUGCGGUCCAAGUCGCUGUACAACGAGGUGGAGAGCGCGUACGCCGCGCGCCGCCCGCCGCCGCACCUAGUCGCCGACUACGGACUUAAGGAUAGGGCUGAAGCGAUAAAGAUCGUGAGCGACGCGGCGGAACUGCUGAUCCACCACGCGCGGCGGCAGACCGGCAUCCAGAAGGCGGAGAAGCGCCGCAUCAAGCACCUGCUGCGCCACUUCCUGCCCGACCUGUUCGCGCAUCCCCGCCAGCCGCUCUCCGACGACGAGCGAGACGACGAGGAAAAAGAAGAGACGACCAGUCCAGACAGCCCGUCUGAGACUGCAGAGACUGAUAAGGAGAAAAAUGUGAAACAAGAAAAACAAGAGUCCUCAGAGUCUGACAACGCAUCAGACAAAAGCAGCAGAAACCAUAAGAAUGAUAAGGAGAACAAGCCCAAAAACAACAACUUGGAUAGUAAAGAGAGCAUCAACAGCAACAAGCGCAGCAGCAGCAACGAGGACUCCAUCACGAUGAAGGACCUCAAGACUGAAUCUCAAGACAUUGAAGACGAUUAUAAGGAUCAUCCGCCAAAUGAGGCGCGGUUCGUGUGCACGUCGUCGUGGUAUCUGUUCCUGCGGCUACACGCGGUGUUGUGCUCGCGGCUGGGCGGAGCGCGCCGGGCCGCCCAGCAGCUCGCCGCUCAGGAGCCCGCGCGUCCCGCCCGCCCGCCCUCCGUCGCGGACGCGCUGCGACUCAAACCUACCAAUCUCCCGGCGGACGCGUCGUCGCCGUCGGAGUACUACAACGCGCUGCUGGAGCUGGUGAAGGGCGUGCUGGACGGGAACGUGGAGGCGGCCGCGUACGAGGACGCCGCGCGCGAGAUGUUCGGCAUCAAGGCCUACCCCGCCUACACGCUCGACAAGGUGGUCAGCAUCGCCGUCAGACAACUACAACACUGCGUGUCGGAGCGGUGGUCGGUGCGCGUGACUGAGCUGGCCGCGCGCGGCAUGCGCGGGCCGGCCGCGUACGUGCGCCGCGCCGCCGCAUACCUUCGACCCGAUCACCUCGCCUUCCUCGUUAGAGUGUAUGGCGGCGACGAGUGUAAAGUGACGUUCGAGCUGCUUGAGAACUCCGGCGAGGAGCGCGCGUCGCCGCAGAACGACAGCUCGCGACUCUCACCCACUAACCAGUGUCGGCGCGAGACGAACGGCGAGGCGGUGUCGCGGCUGGCAGCGUGGUCGCUGUACACGGAGCGGUACGCGCGGCCGGACGCGACGGGCGCCUGCAACAAGCCCGUGUUCCUGCGCCGCAACGCGCGCCGCAACGGCGCCGCCGCCAGCCCCAGCGCCGCCGCCGCGCCGCCGCCGCCCGCUGACACCGCGCGUCGCCGCAAGCCGCCGCGGCUGCACGACCACGCGGAGUGCACGCUCGCUAAUACCAUACGGUUGGUGGCGUGUCGUCCGCAGCAGCUGUACCGGGCGGGCUGCCUGGCGGCGGCGCGCGCGACGCAUCCCAAGCUUUCGGCGGCGCGGCGCGCGCGCUUCCAGGCGUGGCUGUCCGCGCGCACCGGCGACACCUAGCCGCCGCGACACCGCCCGCCGCGACUCCCGCACAGGCACAAGUAGCCGCCCCCCGCUGACACCACACACGUCGCGACCGACACCAGCAAUUCGACAACAGACCAUAUCUGUACUGAGAUUAGCCCGACCUUUAAAAUGUAAAUAACAUUGAGAUUUCACUUUUGAGUGUCUGUUACGUAGUUUUUCAGUUUCAACACUUCAAAAUAGUUUGAGUAGAUUGGAAAUUAACUGUUUAGAUAGCUUAAAUAUUGCAAUCGUGAACUUAAACUAGUAGAAACCCUUGCAGUGCGGGCGGGGAGCGUGGGGCGGAGCUCCGGGAGAGGGGAGGGGGUACUGUAAGAGCAAUAACGGUGUGAUUUAGCGAUACGUGACUCGUUGUGAUCGCGCACAGAGGCAGCACUCGGAAUAGUCGCUUUAAUUUGCUCCGUUACUCUCGAUGCAUUUUUAUUUUAUUUAUGAGAUAACUUGUUAAUGUAAUAGACGUCGAGGAGACUUCACUGAAUUCGUUGUGACGCUCGUUCGGGGGUCGGUCGGUCGAUCGGCCCCGCGGUUUGCUGACUUUUGAGUAUUUCAAGUUUCAAUGUGAUUUUAUUGUAUUGAAAGUAUUAGCGUUAGGUGAGAGUGGCGGGGUGCAGGCGGUAUGAAAUUGGACGGGCCACAGGGUAUCGUAUACUCGUUAGAUUAACCAAUUUCAUUAAGCCUAAACAAUCUCAAUCUAGGCCACGUUUUAGCGGCCUAGCGCGUAGGUGUACAUAUGUAGGUAAAGAUCUCUCAAGUACGGUGUAUAUAGAGUUCUGUUGGUACCAAUUCUUGUUAAUAAAUGACUCGAGAAAAUAUUAUUAUAUUUAUAAUA